CUGUUAAAUUUAAACGUUGAAACAUACCUGAGCUGUAAAAUUGUGAAAUACUAUUUUUUAUGAACAAUUAUAAUUACCAAUAGUAACAACGAUCCUUGAAAUUUUGAUUGAACUAUUAUUUCAGCAAAACAUAUACAACAGCGCUGCUGUAAUUGAAACAGCGAUGAAGGGACCCAGCACAGAAACAGAACAAGUGGAAGUAGCCAGUUUAUCACCAGACGACACAAGCCAGGAAGAGAUACCACCAUACCUGCGAGAGGACCCUCCAGAAGAUCUGGAGAAGGACCACCCCAAAGUGGAAGGGGGAGUGAUAUGGAGGGUGACAGGUGGCCUGUUAAACAUGACAAGAGGUGCCAUGGGUGCUACUCUGGGGGGCGUGGCCUGGGUGAGCAGUAAGAGCUUCGAGCUGACCAAGACAGCGGUGACGAGCGUACCAGCAGCAGGUGUAGGCCUAGUCAAAGGUAGUGUCUCUGUGGUGACCGGGGGACUUGAAGCAGUGGGAUCUGCAGUGGCCAACAAAGUCACACCAAAGAAAAAGGACAAAUCCGACUAGGCCCAUUGUUGCUUUAUGUUUGCUUUUACGUUUCUUUCAUCUCAACAAGUUUCUUUACUUACUUGUUGAGAUGAAAGAAAGUUACUUCUGCUCUGCAGGAACAAUGAUUAGCAAACGACUGUCUGGGUGGGUUGGAGAGAGAUGGACAUCAUCCAUAGGAAACACUGAAAAGGCAUCCAAGAUACCUUGAGUAAUAUCUACUAUGGAAUCUGAUAUAAAGUUACAUACAAUAAAUACUAUUUUCUCCCAGAUAAAUGUCAUCAGACUGACCUUCGGCACUGUAUCAAUUUGUAAUUCAAAGGCCUUUGGUAAGAUCCUGUAUGUUCUGUGUUGCUGUGUGAGUGGUUGUGGUAUCAGUAUGAGUGUUUCACAAACUGUCAUCUCCUGACGAUCUUGAGGACACAUGCGUGUAAUAUUACCAAUUAGUAUGGCAAGUACCUACUACAGCUGUAUAUAAUGGAAGGCAUAGAGAAGUAAAUAUAUAAUAUUGGAUAUCCUCUUUAUUUUGAAGUUUUGGUUCAGAUCAAAAUAUUGACUAUUGUCAUAAAUUCUAAUAAGAUAAAAAACUAAAGUAGUGUCUUGUCUUUCCUUCCACUCC